AUGGCAAACAAUGGACCUGAUUCAAAUGGAUCACAGUUUUUCAUCACCUAUAGUAAACAAACCAUGCUGGAUAUGAAGUAUUCAAUAUUUGGAAAGUUAGUUCAUCGUAAAUAUCUCAGUGUACUAUUAUUAUUAUUAAUAUUUCAAAUGGCAGCCGUCUUGAACAGUUAUCAUUAG